GUGAAUGUCAAAUUGGCAAGAGGUAGCACAAAACAUACAAACUAAAACUUCUGAGCGCGCUUAGCAAAACCUUGUGAAAUUGAAAUGUCCGAGGCAGUGGCCACCGAUGAACUCGCUCCGCCGGCGGAGAAGAUUUCCAAACUCACGAAUGCACAAAAGGCGCGAAUCGAACGGAAUUUGGCGAAGGCACAAAAGUUGCGCGACGCCAAACUGGUUUUGCAUCCAUUUAAGGAUCUCGCCAGCAACAGGGAUGGUACUCACCCGGAAGCGGCUCUCAGUCAAGGAAGCUCGGUGAUCAAGGUGCAGGGCACCAAGUACAUCGAUUCCGGUGGCGGUUUUCUGCUGGAACAGCCCGUUCUGCCCACAGCACCGGGCGUAUCUGGUCUUAACAAGUCCGGGGAGGAGCUGCCUGUCAUUGUGGACGAUGCCAUUGCCAUCCCCAUCCAGUACGAGGAGUGCUUGGAUUGCGGCGACCAGUUCGCCGACUCCUAUUUGUUCAACAACUUCGGGCACUCGGUUUGCGACAAGUGCCGCGACAACGAUGACCGCCAUGCCCUGAUCACCCGCACGGAGGCCAAGGCGGAGUAUCUGCUCAAGGACUGUGACUUCGACAAAAGGGAGCCCAAGCUGCGUUACAUAAGCCGCAAGAAUCCUCACAAUGUGCGCUGGGGCGAGAUGAAGUUGUACCUGCACCUGCAGAUUCACAAGCGAGCAAUGGAAGUCUGGGGCAGCGAGGAGGAGCUGGUGCGCCAGCACGAGUCUCGCGAGGAUAAGCGCGAGGUGGGUAAGGCCCGCAAGUACAACAAGCAGAUGAAGCAGCUGCGCAUGGAGGUGCGGAGCAGUAUUUACACCAAGAAAACGCACGUCGUCCACGAGCACGAGUUUGGACCCGACACAUACAACGAGGAGGAGGACACCUACACGCACACCUGCCUCUCCUGUCCGUAUAGCGAGACCUAUGAAAAAAUGUAGAGUUUCCUGUUUUUGUUUAUUGCACUGAAUGCUUGAAGAAUCAAUUAUGUUAAAAAAUAAGUAUUUUUAAAUCUUAAUUAUCUUUGUAACUUAAGCUGGCAAAUCCAUGCGUUGUAGGCUUGGAAGCUUCAAAGUGUAUUCCAUUAUUCUUGGAGCUAUGUAUUUUUUUGAAUUUUUUUUAUAUUAUUAGUUAUAAUACUUUUUAAGCGAAGUUGUGAAAAAAAAUGUCGGAAUCUUGUAUUACUAUAGGCAAUUGAAGAAAUUGCAUGAUAAAAAGGAUCAGUACUGCCACAAAAAUGUUUAUAUAUCACAAUGCCCGUUUUUUCAAUUAAAAACAAUGAAUAUUAUGUACCACCAAA